AUGGCCGUGCCGGCAGUGUCAGUCUUGGUGAUAGUCCAGCUGGUUGCUGUGUCCUGUAGUCAGUACAGUUCCCCGCCUCAGACCAUGGGGGAUGGGGUAGAAGUUAACUUCACUGAUGAUGCUGACUUGAUGAUAUUCCCUGAUCCGGUACCGUUUUACAUGUUCAUGUACCAUAGUAAAGUGGUAAACUUCAGUUACUCCAUCGUGUGCGACUCUUAUGACAGUUACUACGACCUGCAUGUGUUCACGGAGAUACCGAAGGUGGCGGUCCUGUCGCAGCCGGGAACCUUCAACCUGACGUGUGAGGACAUGAAGGAAGGUUACCCCCACCCACACAGGAAUGCCACCGUCGUCUCAGGUACAUUUAACAUUUCCUUACAAUCAGAUCUUAUAGGCCGGACUUGGCUCUACAUCGACAGCACGUCCGUCAACGUCACUUCCGUAAGUAACAGUACCGACGGAGAUGAUGCCAUUGGGCACUUCCGGUUUAAACAGAUGAUCACUGUGAUAAGGGAGUUACGUUUCCUGGACACUGUGGUGCAGAUAGUGGCCUACGUCUUCAUCGUAACAAGCACCAUCGGCAUGGGAUGCAGCACCGAUUUGGCUGUCGUCAAGGAGGUUCUCAGGAGACCCUUCGCUCCCACGAUCGGCUUCGUGUGCCAGUACCUGUGUAUGCCACUGAUUGCGUUUGCUGUGACGAAGAUUGUGAAGUUCGAGAACCCUGCCGUUGGGUUGGGAAUAUUCGCCUGUGGAAUUUGCCCUGGAGGUGGACCUAGCAACAUCUACAUUCUCCUGGGUGGUGAUCUGUCGCUAUCAGUAACCAUGACAACAAUCAGCACAAUCGCAGCACUUGGGAUGGUGCCUCUGUGGAUGUUCACCCUGGGCAAGCAGUUCCACGACGACAAGAUGCAGAUCAACAUCCCCUACCUGAACAUCCUGCAGACUCUGGCCUCUGUCAUCCUCCCUCUGCUGGUCGGGAUCUUCAUCAAGUACAAAUUCCACAAGGUUGCCGCCAUGAUCCUGAAGGUCAUCAAACCAGUGACCCUCGUCACGGUGGCCCUGCUGCUGGGGGUCGGUAUUUACGCCAAUAUCUACAUCUUCAGACUGUUUAGACCUGUCACACUCCUAGCCGGCUGUAUGUUGCCCUAUGUAGGCUACGUCAUUGGCGGCAUCGUCGCCUUAAUCUUCCGCCAACCGUGGUACAGAGUCAAAACAAUAGCCAUAGAGACUGGCGUACAGAAUGUCAUGGUCGCCUACCUCAUGGUACUGAUGGCCCUUCCGCCACCAGAUGGCGAUCUUGCCGCUGUUGGACCAGCAGCUUCCGGUUGUAUGACGCCACUUCCGCUUUUCGUGCUCUCGAUUGGCUACACCAUUUAUCUGAAAUGUACCAACCAGAGUUACGCCAAGGUGCAAGGAGGCGACACGGAGGUCGACGCUAACGGGAACACUGGGACAGACGGAAAGAAACUGACCGAGAAAGGCGAGGAGAAUGGGGUGAAGGCCGACAGACUGACGACAGGGAAUAGCCAGGUUGUUGACAAACUGAGCACUGUGUGAAGAAGGUAGAGCUGGUUCAGGUGCAUUGUUUUGGCAAGUGUUGAGAACCAUGUCACAGGACACAAGACACCUUCUUGUGUUGGACACAAACUAUGCCCAUAUGUGACAUGUAUAUAAUUAUGUACUGAAAAUGUGUGGAAACAUUUGGAUAGAUAUUGGACGACAAUCAGAAUUAUUUACUAUUACCAUGUGGGUGGCAUGAACAAAACUGGUAUCGUUCACUGGGCCUCAAGACAGUUUACUUUGUAAACCCUACUUUAUGUAACCGUCUCUUUUCAGGGUGAAAUAUGUACAGAACUUUACCCACAGUACCAACUACGCAUAAGUAGAUCACCAAUCGUCCCUGUAAACCUGCUAACAUGUAAUACAAAUCUCACACAAGGAUCCUUGGUGGUAGUUCCACUAUGAGUAACACAGGGAUUCUUGGUGGUAGUUCCACUACGAGUUACACUGGGAUCCUUGGUGGUAGCUCCACUACGAGUUACACAGGGAUCCUUGGUGGUAGCUCCACCACG